AUGACAGAGGCUAUGAAUGCUAUUCAGCUUCAAUCAAAGGGCUUUGUUGAUCCAAGAAAAGUGUUGAAUGAUGCUUUCUUGAAUACCAAAGCAAAAGGGUCGUCUGCUGCAUCUAUUGUUACUCUGAAGGAAGGGGUGUCAGAUGGAGUUAAUGUGGGUGAUAGUGAAAAUAGUGAGAUUAGUGAUCGCCCUGACUCUCCAAUUGAGUAUCAAACUUCGAUAGAGGCAGGGGAUAUUCUAGUGUUAGGAAGUGAUGGCCUUUUUGAUAAUUUGUAUGCUGAUGGUAUUGAAGAAAUUCUAAGGUGGACAGAAGGAGUAUUGGAAAUCAAUGAUUUGACUAAGCAUAUAUCAGAUGUUGCUCUAUUGUUUUCCAUGUCCAAAGAUUGUCGAACUCCUUUUCAAGAUGCUUCUCAGAGGGAAUGA